GAACGGUUUGCCGAAAGUCGUCGAAAAAUUUUCAUUCCUUUUUCUCACGUGGAAAAUUAAUUUUUCUUUUCAAAUUGAAGUUUAUGUCAAAAUAAAAUUAAUAGUUAUUGCUUUUUGUAAAUCUCAAUUCACUGUAAAAGUAGGAUAAAAUCUUUAAAAAAAAACACGAAUCAUCCAAUUAAAAAAAAAAUGGGACAAGUUUUGGGACGUUUCUAUUUUCCCAAGUCUCGUUUAGUUUUCCUUACCUCUUUUAUGCGAAAGGAGCUUUAAAAAUUUUCUUGCGAAAAAAUGUCGGAGACUCCGCCACUAUUCGAAAAUUCCCAGGAAUCCAUUGAUCUGAUUGCUGAGAAUCCAAUUCAACACACAGAUUCAAUAAAUCCGCAUACAUUUGUGGUCAAACGAGCUAAUUCACAGGAAAUUGAUGAUGUCGUAAAGUCGGAGGAUGUUUCCUUGAGCCCAAAGAAACCUAAACUCGACGCUGAUUGUAUGAAUGAUGGAGAUAAUCCGGAGAGGGCAGCAACACCAAUGGAUCUUGGUGAUGUGGAGAUGCCGGAAGAUCUCAUCAGAUUCCAGAUGCAGAGCAAGAAGCUUCGCGAAGUGAUUAAGGAGUUGAAGAUUGUGGAGGCACUCUUGCUGGAAACUUUGAAUCCUGCUAAUAGGCGAUUCUAUCCAUAGAUGGACGUCUUCUUCCGUUUCUUACCCCUGAUUGGUGCCACGGGAUUUUCUAAUUUGCGUUUUUUCACCUGAAAUAAAAUUAAUCUUUUAAUGAACUACACAUGUAAAUGAAUUUUAUGUAACCUAUGUAAUAAAUGAAUUACUUACGGACUGA